AUGUCCCAAUUGCCUAAUAGAAUUCCUGUUAGGAAUGUGAAAGGGGGAGGUCCAGUUCCAGCUGGUUCAAAUGGUGUUGCAAGUGAAAAUGGUAAAGUACCUUUAACAGCCAGUAAACAGACUAAUCCAACUCCUACUACACAACCAACCGAUACUUAUAUCCCAAACCAUUUGAGUGACCUAGUUCCUGAAUUAAAAUCUUAUGAACAGCUAAAGGAAUCUGAGAAAAGAGUGGACGUUUUUCUAGCAAGGAAACGUAUUGAUUUACAACAAAGUGUGUCUCAAUGGAACAAUUCUAAAUCAGGUAUCACCACUUCACAUAAUAAGAACGAUGUGAAAUAUCUGAGAAUCUUCGUAUCUAAUAUUGCAGAGAAUCAACCAUGGCAAGAUGAGAACAAUGAUAUUCAAAACGCGUCAUGGACAAUGAGGAUCGAAGGAAGAUUACUGGAUACACAGGAAGUGCAGGACCCAGCAAGGCCAAAAUUUAGUUCCUUCUUACAGGCUAUAGCGGUAGAUUUUAAGAAACCAAGAGACGAUGAUGAUGACGAAGAUGAGAACUCUAAAGGUGAGGAUGGACCUAAGGCUGAGGACCAGGAUGUAGACAUGGAUGGGACAAGGAACGACUCGCUAGUGGGACUUUCACUACCGAUGCAGAUGCCAAGUAACCCUAACGAUAAUAAUGUUCAAGAGGAAAAGCCAAAGAGUGAUAUUACGGACGCAGUUGAAUGGCAUUUUGACCCCAUAAAUCCUGUUGACUUUGAUGGGCUCGAUAUCAAGAGGAAUGGUUCUGAAAAUAUCGAAUGCACCCUUACCAUUCAAUUGAAAGGUGUUACAGGUGAACUUCUUGAAUACUCACCUGAAUUGGCUGCUGUAAUUGGUCUUUCACAAGGAUCCCUACAUGAGGCGGUUUACUCGUUGUACAAGUACAUCUUAAUUAAUGGUCUGUUGACCAACGAUGAGAACAAUUUAAGAGCUCCAACUAGUACCUCCUCUGAUAGCACUAACGGUGAAAAUACUAUAGUCAAACUAGACCCUAGCUUGACUAAACUAAUACGCCAAAGGCCGGCACCAGGCAGCGAUGAACCUUUACCUACCACAUUACGUCUUUCAGAAAUGCUCAAAUUGGUAAAUGCUCAUGUUUCUCCCAUAAGAUCCAUCAAGGUGGAUUACACAGUACGCGUUGACAAGGCUUCCACUUAUGGUGAGCUUGUAUUCGAUGUCGAAGUACCCAAUUUUGCACAGCAAUCAAAGGAGGAGGACGAAGUCAAGAGGGAAGGAUUAUCGCUAUUAUCAGAUUUCAACAAAUUGACUGCCGACUUGAAGCCCCAAUUGCAAGAACUGGAAGCCCGUAACGCUGCAUUACUGCUACAACUAAACGCAAGCGCCAAGAAAUACCAGUUUUUCAACGAACUAUCGAAGAACCCAGUUGGUGUGCUGCAGGAGUACAUUGCAUCUUCUUCAAAUGCUCUAAAAGUUUUGUCUGGCGAUGAAGGUUUCAACGAAGAUACGGUAAGACGUUCGCAAUUUUACAAGGACAACGAACAGAUGCUAUUUGAAAGUCUGGGAGUACUGCUAUCCAAUGGUAGGAUGUGA